GCAUAAGUAUUCAUGACGAUGUAAAUUCAUCGUAAUCAUUGUUACCAAUGUACGUAAUAAUGCUUGUAACAAGUAAAAGUGUGUAGGUGUGCCGAUAGUUCUCCGAAGUAAGUGUAAGCAGUAUUUUGAAAAAUAGUCAAAUAAUAUUUCCUUCUAAGUAAAAUGCCUGUAAAAGUAUCUUGUCCGGUUGUGGCAGCUGUUAUUUAUCCGAAUAUAGGAGGAUGGGCUGGAAGUUACAUCACUAGAAAAAAUAUCAAACCCUGGUAUGAGUCUUUAAAAAGACCAUGUUGGACUCCACCAAACUGGGCAUUCGCUCCAGUAUGGACAACCCUUUAUUGCACAAUGGGGUAUUCUUCAUAUUUAGUAUGGAGAGAUGGUGGUGGUUUCAAGGAAGCAAUAGUACCUCUUUCUAUUUACGGAACUAAUUUAAUACUAAAUUGGUCUUGGACACCACUGUUCUUUGGAUUACACAAGAUAAAAUGGGCUUUGUAUGAAAUUGUUUUAUUAUGGGGAAGUACUGUAGCAAUGGGUAUAUGUUUUUAUCAUGUGAAUUCACUUGCUGGUUGGUUGACUAUUCCAUAUUUAGCAUGGACUACUCUUGCUACAGCAUUGAAUUACACAAUUUAUAAGGAUAACAAACCAAGUAUUGAACCAGCUGUGGAUGAAAAGAAAAAAUAAUAUACAUGGUGAUACUUUUGUAGCAAACAACAUUAAUAUAGAUCACCUAAUGAAAACAAUA